AAUAAUUAAAAAAAAUUGGCACUAAAAAAUCAAUUCCCCAUGUCCUUGAGAACAAAUUGCAGUUAGGCAGGUAGGUACGGUUGCAUUCGUAGAGAGAGAAAGUGACGAAAACGGAAAGACUGGAGAGAGAAACCGAGAUGAAGGAAGAGGACCCAAACGACUUAACACUCCUCGACGCCGCCGCCGACGACGAAGGACCUUCCGGUUAUGCCAACGGCGGCGAUGUAGUGCCGGAAGACGGUGGCAACGGAGACGGAACUGGUGGCGGCAGUACUAGUAGAGUGAGAGGACCCUGGUCGCCUGAAGAAGACGCGGUACUGAGUCGACUCGUGAGCAAGUUCGGGGCGAGGAAUUGGAGCUUGAUCGCCCGAGGAAUUCCCGGCCGGUCCGGCAAGUCUUGCCGCCUACGGUGGUGUAAUCAGCUCGAUCCUUGCGUGAAGCGCAAGCCCUUUACUGAUGAAGAGGAUCGUAUUAUAAUAUCGGCCCAUGCAAUUCAUGGAAACAAAUGGGCAUCAAUUGCGAAGCUCCUGCCAGGUAGAACAGAUAACGCAAUUAAGAAUCACUGGAAUUCUACACUCAGGCGAAGGUGCACGGAGCUCAGCAGGUUUAAACCGGCAUCCGGAAACACGUUAGAGGAAGGCAGCCCAGAAAAAACGAAGGCAUCCUCAGAAGAAACCAUGUCGUAUGGAGAUAUCAAUUCAUUGAAACCCCAAGAGGAAAAAGAAGUGGGACUGAUGGAAAAUAGACUCAACCUAUGUGAAGAGAAUUGUCAAAGAAAUGAGGAUCAGUGCGCUGCCGAAAGGAACUUUCCCGCCCUUUCUCGUCCAGUGGCCCGUGUUGGUGCAUUUAGUGUUUAUAACCCUUCAAGUGACCCAACAAGCUCUAUGUUUUCAGGGAUGGUCCCAAUGUUGGGGCCAUUCAUCCAUUCCUCGAAGACCUCCAAAUUUGUUGAAGGUGUCUGUGGCGAGCCCAUGGUUCCCCUGCGAUGUGGCAAUGGUUGUUGUGCAGCUCCAAGUACGGGCCCUUCUCAAAGCUCGUUGUUGGGUCCUGAGUUUGUUGAAUAUGAGGAGCUUCCCAUCUUCUCAAGUCAUGAGUUGGCCUCCAUAGCCACUGAUUUGAACAAUAUCGCCUGGAUCAGAAGUGGGCUCGAGAAUGCUGCUGCCAUAAAGCCUGAUACUGCAACUGGACUAUCGUCCCAAGGCGCUGCAGAGAAAAUGUGUGUUUUUGAGCAGAGUAUAAAGAAUGAUCAUUUUCGGUUUGAGGAAGGACGGAGUAGGUUGAUGGGCAUGAUGACAGAUGUGGUGUCAACCCAGAUGCCAAUGCCAGCUUUUGCAUUGCCAACUGGAGUCUAAAAUGCUUGAGCUGAAUCCCAUCGCUGAUCUCCAUUUUUUCGUGGUACGAUCAAGGAAUCUUUUACAUCAGUUGUUACAAUGGUUACGAUGUCCUGUUUGAUGCAGUAGCUGCCACCACCAUUAAAGGAUACACUUCUGGAAAAAAAAAAAAAAAAAAUGAUAUACAGAGUAGGUUCCAUUCUGCAUUAUACAUAAAGAUUGCAAUUCCCUGCAAGACAUUUAUUGGGUAAUAAAAAUGAUCUGAUUACAGAGCUAUUCAUUUCAA